GUAAACUCGUGAUUUUCUGUUCGGAGGGAAUUGAAAACAAGAAAGAUGGCGUGUCUACGAGCAGAAGACUGUGGGUAUCGUUUCCUGGUGCUGUUUUUCAACUGCAUGUUGACGUUUGGCUCCUACUACUGUUUUGACAUGCCAAGUGUCUUGCAGGAUGAAUUUCAAGGGGUGGGUAAUUGUACGCAGAACUCGACUGGGCUGGAGAACGACACAUGCGUUAAGUGUGAUGACUGCCUUGGGAUGUCUGCAGCUGACUACAACCUUCUCUAUGCCAUAUAUGCCUGGACAAAUGCAGCUGUUGUUAUUGGUGCAGGAUUCCUGAUAGACAAGCUGGGGAACAGAGUGGGAGUUUUCCUGUUUUCCUUCCUGUGUGUAGUGGGGUCCUCAUUGUUUGCCGUUGGUUCUAUGUUGAAGGGCACCUCUGCCAUGUUGCCCGUCAUGUUACUUGGACGUUUGCUGUUUGGAUCUGGAAAUGGUUCCCUGACUAUUGUACAGAACAGGAUAACAGCAUACUGGUUCCGUGACAAGGAACUAGCGAUGGCUUUUGGUAUCACACUGGCAUUCUCACGACUUGGCAGUGUCCUCAAUUUCUUCCUGACACAAAGCUUUUCUGAGACUUACGGACUCUCAUGGACAUUGUGGGCAGGAGCCAUGCUAUGCGUCCUUGGUUUCAUUUCCGCCCUGAUUGUUAGCUUCUUAGACAUGUACGGUGUGAGACAACUAGGAGAUGAACAAAACCUCAAGGCAGAGUCCAAGAAACUUAAAGUGACAGAUAUCAAAUACUUCUCCUUGUCUUACUGGCUAUUGGCUUUAGCCAUCAUGUUUUUCUACAAUGGCGUCUUUCCAUUUGUUGCUGAUGCAAGUGAGUUUAUACAUGUCAAGUAUAAGUUUGACAAGAAAACUUCCUCGUAUUUGGCUGGUGCAGUGUACGAUGUUUCCAUGGUUGUCUCCCCUUUCUUAGGAGGGCUCAUAGACAUCAUAGGAAGGCGAGGAAUACUAGCUAUCAUGUGUGCCAGUCUGAGUAUACCUGUGUUUGGAAUUUUAGCAUUCACAUCUGUCUAUCCAUUGGUGGCAACACUGUGGCUGGGACUCACCUACUCGUUUGCUGCUGCGAGCUUGUGGCCAUCCAUCCCUCUUGUGGUCAGUCCAGCUACUGUGGGCACUGCCAUGGGCCUGACCACUUCUAUACAGAUGAUAGGAAUAGGGAUCUCUAACUUGGUGGUUGGUCAGAUUCUGGGCAAAACCCUUGAUCUGGAGCCAGAGGAAACGCUAUUGAGGUGGAAAUAUGUCAUGAUAUUCCUCCUGGCCAACAGCCUCGCCUGUGUGGUAACCACAGUGUUCCUCAACAUCAACGAUAACAGAAGGGGUGGAAUCCUAAACCUAAGUAGAAAACAGAAGGCUAUAAAAGCAGCCCAGCUAGCAGCUGACCCGGCUGAAGAGAAGGAACCAGAUGAGAGAGAUCCACUGAUCCCAAACCAAAGACGCCCAAACAUCAACUGAGGCUUGCUGGGGAGGAUAACUCAAAGUUUCCUGUAUUCAGCCUGGGUGAUUAAAAAGUUAAAAGAGGAGUAAUGUGUUAUAGAAUGGUGGAAAUCAAGAGAAAGGAGGACAAAAAAGAAGACAUUUCAAUCCUGAGGUUUUGAUUGACUUUUUAAUUUAGCAGUAUAUCUGGGAGGGAAGGAAUGAUAAAGCUGUAAGUAGGACUGAUAUGUAGGGCAGGAGAGUAUUAAAACCAGGAGAGGUAGUGACUGAUUACUGGUGAGUAGUAGAACUGAUUGAUGUAUAAUCCAUCUCACCGAAAUGUCUUCCUAGAUUUUUAAAUGUCAAUAAAAACUAUUUUAAAAUUUAGUUUUAGCACUGAAAUAGUCAGCAAAUAUUAAAUAAACUUCAUAAGACAAGCAUCCAUUUUGUAAAAUGGUCUUUCAUGUGUGACCACCAAAAUCGAUCAUCUCUAUUUCAUUUAUUCAGCUUCGAAAUCAUUUGUCAUAAGUCCUCAACCUUUCAAAGUAUUGUUCACGAUCCUACCUAUGAUAUAGAGCACAGGAUUUUAUUAGGCCUGCCAUUUUAAAUAUAAGCAAAAAUCAUCUGGUUCAGCAGGGCUUAUGUUGUACUAAAUUAUAUGAUAUUAUAUUGAUAUAAGUAGCCUUGUUCAAGUCCAGAAUUUUUGAAGGGCCUAAUGAUUAAAACACCUGUGAUAUAAAGAUUUGUUGUGAUAUGACAUAAUAACUUUCCAAGACAGGUGACCACUGUAUUUGUAACACAUAACAUUGAGCUUGUUAUUACAUUCUGAAGAAUCAUAUUGAUAAUUAUGUAGUUUCAAAGAAAAUUGAUAAUUGUAUGUUUCAAAUGAAUUAUUGACCCAUCCAUGCCACAGGGAGUUAAAUAUGACUAGGGAUCAAUUUUAAUGGAUCUUUUUGAUGAAUCUUGAAAAUAAGCAUGCAGGGAUAAAGGGCUAUCAAAUUUGCUCAAAUGAAUGACCUUCACCCACUUUAAAGCUCACAGAGGUCAGACAUUUUAAAACCUAUAAAAAACAGUUUUGAAUAAAGAAGAGGCCCACAGUGAUGGUAAUUGGCCAGUAUAAUGCCAGGAUGAGAGCUAUUAAUCAUGUUUGUUCAAAUAACGACUUGACUUUGAAAGUCACAGGUCAAAUUUGUUAAACCUUUAACUACUUCUUCUGAAGAACCAUGAGGCCUAGGGUGAUGAUGUUUGGGCAGUAGCAUGUUGGGAUGAACCAGAUUACCCAUGGCUUCUAAUCGGUUGAGACUUUUCAGAUUAAAACUUCUGUUCUGUUGGUCUGAUUUUGUUCACAUUUAAUGGUAACUGAUAUUUGUUGGACUACAUACAUGUGUUACUAAUACAAACACUAAUAUUUCAAAAUAAAAAAGCAAUCCCUAUGGCUUCUGCUCAGUGUUUAUGGGGCAUAUACAUGGUCAGACACAUGGCAUGGCCCUUGUUGACCUGUCGUUGUUCUAGUUCAUACAGGAAUUUAUCUGAAUAUAACACCGUCAAAGUUAACGAUAUUCAGUAAAAAUAUAAAAAAUAAAACACUUCCAAGAAUAUGAUGUUAUACCUGUUUAGAGAUAUUGGGUAAAUUUAGAGAUAUUGGGUAAAUUUAAAGAUAUUGGGUAAAUAAUAAACCCACUUUUACAUGACCCAUUCCAAUUCAAGUUUUAUUUUUAGGGGGGGGGGAUUAUUGUAUGGUGUGUAUGUUAAUUGAAUGCCUGUUGUUUGUUUGUCACUAUUUAACAAACCACAGUUUCUUAUCAAUGAUUUCUUUAUAUGUCUCCCUGGUUACUUGUGUGACCUACUGUUAAUAUCAAAAUCUGUGAUGCAGUAAACUGUUUACAGUACUGGGUAUAGAGAUAUUUAUAUGUCUCCCUGGUUACUUGUGUGACCUACUGUUAAUAUCCAAAUAUGUGGUGCAGUAAACUGUUUACAGUACUGGGUAUAGAUAUUUAUAUGUCUCCCUGGUUACUUGUGUGACCUACUGUUAAUAUCCAAAUAUGUGGUGCAGUAAACUGUUGACAGUACUGUGUAGAGAGAUAUUAAGGAAAUAUUAAAUCUUUUAAAUAUCAAUGUUUCCAUGUCAUUAACUACUGAGGAUGAUUUCUGAAACAUUUUAUAAUUUGUGCCAGUUUGUAUGAAUGCCACCCAUUUACUUGUACGAGAUUAUGACCAAAUGUAAUUUUACCGUGUAUUUAGUUUUUAUAUAUAUUGAUUUGUUUAAUACUCUUGCAGCUAGAAAUUAAUUAUAUCUUUUUUCUUUUGAAUUAUUUUUCUUAUGUUCUCUGCCAUGGUACAGCCAUGUUUUAAUACUGUUUAAUAUGUAGGUGUUGUAAGCCUAAUAUGCAAUGUACAUUUCGUAAUAAACUGAAUUAAAUAAUAAGAUGUUGCAAGUUGUCAAAAUUAGUGCAAUAUUUCUCGUAAUUAUGUACCCCAACAGUUUUCUUGAUCUGCCAGGCUAUUUUCAUGUUUAAUAUUGAAUAUUACCUUCAGUAUUGCAUAACUUAAUUAUGGAGAAAAAAGGCUCUUUUUUUUUUAAAUAUAUCAUUGUUUUAUUAUUCAAAUUUUAUAAAUGUUACAAAAAAGAGAAAAAAAUGUUUAUUAUGUUAUUUAUUCAAACAAUAUUUGUUUUUAAUUACUUCAAAUAUUGUACAUGAAAAUUUCAGUUUAAACUGCAUAAAAAAGUGUUUAUUAUAGAUUAAUGGUAAUGUAUUGGGCAAUCAGCAGUUUUAUUUGAAGACAUUUUGUUCAGAAUGAAAUGGUUCAGAAAUAAUAUAUUUUUUCUUGUAACAAAUGAGAGCCUGUGAUAAAAUAAAUUGUAAUUUUUUAUUGAAUGCACAUAAAACUAUGUGAUAAUAAAGGUACCCUGUUCUGGGGAAAAAUUU